UCCCGGGUUAAAAUUUAGUUGGCCUUGGACUCUCUCAUACAGGGGUGGGUGCAUAUGGCACAAGCAUAAUUGGUCAGUGAUAUCAAUAUUAGUAAGACCUGAGAGACAAACAGGUAUCAGAGCCGCGAUGAAGACUUUGUGUGUUGCUGUUGUUGUGUUGAGUCUCACCUCAGUGUGUCAGCCUGCCUCGCUGGCCUGUGAGAAGCUGUUGAAGCCAGCAGACACAAGUCCAGAAUUUUCCGGGACCUGGUAUGUCAUAGCAGUAUCCUCAGGCAGCUGUUUUGUCAUGGCAUUGCUGGAUGCAAUGUUUUUGAUAAGUGUUAAGGUGGGCAUUGACUCAAAGGAGACGCCGAACCUCUAUGAUGCCCACUUCACGGUUAAAAUAAAUGGAUUAUGCACAAAUGCAUCGGUACCCUUAUUCUUUGUGAACAACACCAUAUUUGAUGCCGACGGAAACAAUGUCCCAACUGGCAAAGUAGCAGUGCUGCAGUACAGUGGUUGUCCCGACUGCUAUGUGGUGAAGGGAGAUGAUGACACUGACGCUAUGAUGCUCACAAGUAGGAGACAGAAUCUCACUGCAGCUGAGCUGAAGGAGUUUGAGACACAGUCACGGUGUCGCGGCUGGACCAAAACAAUAGUCUUAAACUCAGAUCACAACUAUGCAGACUGCCCGUCCAUUGAUGAUGCUGGCAAUACUGAUACUUCCGGAUUUUCAGACAUUCUCUAUGAAAGACUCAGUGCCAAUUAUCAAGAGCCCCUCAAGUGUCUUGUACCAGAUCUUAUUAGCAAACCCUGGCAGUGGAUUCAGAGUUUUUGGUGAAUGCGUCAGGGCAUUACUACAACAAAUGUUCACUCACACCAAUCGUGUUUUUGUCAAAUGGCACAACCCUUCUUAAGAUGUAAAGUCUUGAAGGGAAUUGAUUAAUGUGUGGUUCACAAGUCAUAGACCCUUAAACACAUCUGUCUUUUCUUUAAAGUACAGCUUUUUUUUCAGAUAACAUUACAAUCAAUUAUACUACAAUCGAGUGUUCACCAAUAUACCUUUGGACAAAAAUAUUUUUGUGUUAGAAAGUUGAGUCAUGAUCUGCAGCCAGUCAUUAUGACAUUACAGCACAACAGCUUUUACAUCUGCGUCAAUAUGUGAUUAAAUUGCACAAUAUUGCAAGAGUAGAGCAUAAAAAAUAUUAUGUAAGUGUCCCGCUUUACCUGAAAACUCCGUCCCUGUGUACUUUCAGCAGACAUUCAGCAAACAUUUGCACGUUGCAAUGUGCCUGAAAUAAACUUAAAUUUACAAUAAAGAUGAUAAUGUGCAUUCUUGUUUUGAAAUGUGAU